AUCUCAAAGAAAAAGAAAACUAGUCCAAAAGUUUGAUUCUUUUGGAGGCCCCGCCGUUUUGCCUACACAGUCACUGCUCUCUCUCUCUCUCUCCUAAAACCCUAAACCCUUUCUCGGAGGGUUUUGAAUUCCGUCCAUAACGUACAGAAGAGGCAGCCUCCUCUGUCGUCAUCCGAUGGCGGCAGCCUCCAUGGUAUUCACCGACUGCUCCUCCCCCGCCGCCGCUCGCCUCAUCCAACGAACCACCCCUCUCCUCCUUCGCACCGCCCAAAACGCCGUCGUUUUCCCUCGCCGCCUUCUCAACCCUCCCAGAAGCCUCUCAAUCCACUCCUCCUCUUCCUCACCCUCCCAAUUGUCCUCCGCUUCAAUUGUUAAUGAGAAGCUUGAAAUAGUGAAUAAAAGGCUUGAUGGGAAGAAGGUAGCGGAGAAGAUUAGAGGGGAGAUAGCUGAGGAAGUGUUGAGGAUGAAGGAUGCAAUUGGGGUUGUUCCGGGUUUAGCGGUUAUUUUGGUUGGAGAUAGGGAGGAAUCGGCUACUUAUGUUAGUAAGAAGAAGGAGGCUUGUGAGGUUGUGGGGAUUACUUCUUUUGAAGUGCAUUUGCCGGAGAAUGCCACAGAACAGCAAGUGCUUGAGGCCAUCUCUGGCUUCAAUGAGGAUCCCGCGGUUCAUGGGAUCCUUGUUCAGCUACCUCUGCCUAGGCAUAUGGAUGAACAAAACAUCUUAAAUGCUGUUAGCAUUGAGAAAGAUGUGGAUGGAUUUCAUCCACUAAACAUUGGCUGUCUUGCCAUGCGUGGUAGAGAACCCUUCUUUGUUCCCUGUACUCCCAAAGGCUGCAUAGAGUUGUUGCACAGAUAUGACAUCCCUAUCAAAGGAAAGAGAGCUGUUGUAAUUGGCCGGAGCAAUAUUGUUGGGAUGCCAGUCGCCUUGUUGCUGCAGAGGGAAGAUGCUACAGUGAGCAUAGUCCAUUCCCGAACCAAGAAUCCUGAGGAGUUAAUAAAACAGGCAGACAUUGUAAUCGCAGCUGUAGGGCAAGCAAAUAUGGUGAAGGGUAGCUGGGUUAAACCUGGUGCAGUAGUUAUUGAUGUCGGAAUCAAUCCAAUUGAGGAUAAAACGAAGCGUUCUGGAUUUCGGCUAGUUGGAGAUGUCUGUUAUAAGGAGGCCAAAGAAAUUGCUUCAGCUAUUACUCCAGUACCAGGAGGAGUUGGUCCAAUGACUAUAGCAAUGCUUCUCACUAAUACACUCAUAUCAGCAAAAAGGAUACACAACUUCCAGUGAGAUCUUCAGAGCUACCCCCAUAACAGUGUGGGGAAAGUUCUGUCCUGUUCCUAUUUCACUAUUUGAAGCGGAAGACAUCUUUUCGGUCAAGUUUUCUCUCGCCAAGAUUUGAAGUUCUUUUCUAGUCAAAACGGUCGAAUCUAUCUUGGUCGGAUAGUUCUAAUGUAUAAUGCGGUAUACUGUAUUUACAGUGGGAGAAUCAUGUAGCAGACACCAACUGCUCUGACAUGUUACUUGAUACAUAGUCUUGGGGCAUAUCUCUCCUGAAUUUUCUAAUUAUUGAAAGUCUAGUGUUCUUACCCUUGUCACUGUGUUCUCUUACGGCUGCAACAGAGGUGCAAUGUUUUUUGUUUUCUAAUAACAUCCGGAUCUUCUUG